AGUCGCCGCGAGCGGGAUGGGGUGGCCCCGGGGCGCUGGAGCCCUGAGCGCGUCCUCUGGCAGAGGUGCACCCGGGGCCGAGGCCGCCCCGCACAGCUGGGCGUUCGGUGUGUCUGCUGCCCCUAGCAUUGCCAUGGCCAGGAAAGGCGAAAGGCGCCAAACGAGAGGGCACAGGAUAAGACGGUUCCAAUUCCCGAAAAGCUCAACGAAUGGGCACCCCGCCCUCCUCCAGAAUUCGUCAGAGAUGUUAUGGGAGAAAAUGAAGGAAAACAUGGUUCAUUGUAUUUGCUAUGCUCCACCCAAACAAGGUUCUAGUGCUGGUGCCGGCAGCGGGGAAUUCCAUGUCUACCGGCACCUUCGGCGGCGAGAGUACCAGAGGCAAGACUUCAUGGACGCCAUGGCUGAGAAGCAAAAGCUGGAUGAGGAAUAUCAGAAGAAGCUCGAAAAGAACAAGAUAGUUGCCGAAGAGCAGACGGCCAAGCGCAGGAGGAAGCGCCAGAAAAUGAAAGAAAAGAAAAUGCUAGCAAAGAAGAGCAAACUUGAGCAAAAGAGUGAGUGUGCAGCUCAAGAGUCUGACUGUUCCCCAAAGCAGCAGGCCAGUGAAGAGGAAGCCGAAGGCCCUUCCGAGGAUGAGGAGAAAGACGAUGCAGAGGAGCCCAGCUUUGUGAUGAAGAGAUGAUGGUGCAGACACCACAAUGGUCCUCAUCUUUACCACGCAAGGAGCUCCCUUGUGCUGCCUCAGGCCUUCCUUACUGCACAGGUGUGCCCGUCAGGACCCGUGGGGUGUCAGCGCUGGAACCAAGUCACUUCCAAACUUGCUUGUGUAACUGCCAUGCAGUCUGCUGGGAAUGUCAGCAUCCCGCCCCUGCACCCUCCAGUUCUUCUGCUGAUGGGUGCUAAUGCUUUAUCCAUCUGUGUUUUCAGGCUGAUCCUUUCCCUCUGGGAGACCUAAGUAGGCAAAUGGGUUUCUGGGUGUGGAAGAGGCUGGACUUUGCGGUGACUCAGAGAAUGAUCUGAGCUUUCCUGUAAGAGGAAAAGCAGACUGACUUCGGGGCUUCUGCUAGGGUUGUCUGCAGCUCUUGGGAUUCUGCACACGAUGGGAUGUACGCACCCAGUAAGAAGAUCUCUCUCGAGCUCAGAAAUGUGCCAUCAGCUUUUACCCUAUGCAUUGUUAAUAAAAGGAGGCUUGCAAGCCGUUUACUUGAA